AUGUUGUCACGAUUGUGCGUGUCUCGCUCUACUUUUACGGUUACCCAAACUUUAAAAUCUCCUGUGCCACAAAAGUUUGUUCCAAGGAAUUAUAUUGUUAGGAACUAUGCUCGAGAACCGAGAUCUCGCCUUGCCACACGCACUCAACCUACUAUGUGGGAAAGGUUAAUGGCACCAGCUGGGCCUAAUGCUUUCAGUUUGGGAAAAGGAGCUUUAGCUGGAGCAUCUGCAGCUGGUCUUGUAGCUCUCUGUUAUUAUGGCUCUGGUGUCAAACCAGGAACUCUACAAGAAGCACAUCUCUGGCCUCAAUAUGUAAAGGACAGAAUCAAGGCCACAUAUGGAUACAUUGCUGGAUCAAUCCUUUUGACAGCUGGUAGUGCUAUAACAGUUUUCAGAACACCUGCUCUAUUAAAUCUCGUUGCACGUAAUGGGUGGAUGUCAAUUAUUGCAACAAUGGCAUUAAUGAUUGGGUCUGGCAUGGUGGUUCGUGGAAUGGAGUAUAAGCCAGGAUUUGGUGGUAAACAAAUUGCCUGGAUGGUCCAUACAGGAAUUAUGGGUGCAGUCAUCGCUCCAAUGUGCUUCCUUGGCGGACCAGUGUUGAUGCGAGCAGCUUGGUACACAGCCGGUGUAGUGGGCGGUUUGAGUACGAUUGCGGUGUGCGCGCCCUCUGGUGAAUUCUUGAACAUGAGAGCUCCACUGGCCAUGGGCCUUGGGGCAGUAUUCGCAGCCUCCCUCGCGAGCAUGUUCUUGCCACCCACCACUGCGCUUGGAGCAGGUCUAUACUCUCUUAGCCUCUAUGGUGGAUUAAUCGUUUUUGGAGGUUUCUUGUUGUAUGACACUCAGGCGAUCAUUAAGCGAGCUGAAAUGCACCCAAUGUAUGGAUUCCAGCCAUAUGACCCGAUCAACUCAGCAAUAUCGGUAUAUUUGGAUAUCCUGAAUAUCUUCAUGCGCAUCGCGAUGAUCCUGUCUGGCGCUGGCGGCAACAAGAAGAAGUAG